AUGAUCUCCCCCGCGAGACUCUUCCUCGCGCUCACCAGCCUGCUGAUCUCAGGCGUCCUCUGCCAGGACAACCUGGGCCUCAGCAACGGCUACAUCACCCUCACAACCGCAAACUUCAACCUCCAGCUCGUCCGCAACGCCCAGGUCCUCGCCUCCCUCAAACCCUCCGGCAGUGCCUUCGACUUCCUUCCCUUCGACUACCUCUCCAAGCGCGCCCGCAACGGCCAGUACCACUGGGGCGACGUCACCUUCCGCUACCGCCAGUCCGGCGCCACCGCGUGGACUAACGGCGACUCCGCCGCCGCCCGGCAGCCCGUCACCUCCGUGACCCCCGGCUCCGGCUCCGGCAUCCUCGCCUCGUCCCGCCUCGGCCCCACCCUCGCCACCGGCCCCCUCAACAUCACCCGCGACUGGCUCGACGUCUCCGGCGACCUCGGCCUGCGCUUCACCAUCCAGAACACCGGCACCGCCGCCCUCGAGAUCGGCAGCCUCGGCUUCCCCGCCGAGUUCAACUCCAUCUUCACGAACCGCCGCGCCGUCGACAUGCAGAGCGUCUGCUCCCUCUCGGACCCCUACGUCGGCAUGCACGCCGGCCAGAUCCGCGUCGCGCCCAUCCGCGGCACCGGCCCCGCCCUCGUCGUCACACCGCUCGGCGACACGCCCCUCGAGGCCUACCGCAACCUCCGCGAGACCAGCUACGCGGACACCGCCUACGGCUCCCAGACCUUUGAGGGUUUCUACGAGUGGCAGACCCUGACGAAGGCCUGGGCCGAGAACGAGUGGAAGGCCCAGACACCCUGGAACGCGCCCUCCUCCAGGACCCUCCAGCCGGGCCAGUCCCUCCAGUUCGGCGUCCGCUUCUCCGUCGCCAAGGGCGGCGUCCGCGACCUCGACGCCGCCGUCAGGGGCACCGGCACGCCCACCGCCGUCGGCGUCCCGGGCUACAUCGUCCCCCGCGGCGAGCCCGCCCAGCUCUUCCUCCAGUCCGCCGCCGCCGUCCGCUCCAUCGCCUCCGAACCCGCCGGCGCCCUGACGGUGACCCUCGUCUCGGCCGGGAAGUACACCGUCACGCCCUCCGCCACCGCCUGGGGCCGCGUCCGUCUGACCGUCACCUACGCCGACGACAAGAUCCAGACGAUCCACUACUACGUCACCAAGCCCUCCACCGAGACCGUCGCCAGCCUCGGCCGCUUCCUCACCACCUCCCAGUGGUUCACCGACACCUCGGACCCCUUCGGCCGCGCCCCCUCCGUCAUGACGUACGACUACGAGACGAGGUCCAUCGUCACGCAGGACUCGCGCGCCUGGGUCGCCGGCCUCAGCGACGAGGGCGGCGCCGGCUCCUACCUCUCCGCCUUCAUGAAACAGGCCGUCCAGCCGAGCGCGGACGAGGUCGCCAAGCUCGAGCAGUUCGUCGACGGCGUCCUCGCCAAGACGAUCCAGACCUCCGACCUCGCCGUCCGCAAGAGCAUCUUCUUCUACGAGCCCGCCGCCGUGCCGAGCUACCGCUACAGCACGUCCAUCGACUGGACCUCCUGGACGAGCUGGAACAGGGCGGCCGCGUACGCGAUCGACCGCGCCUACAACUACGUCCACGUCGCGGGCGCGUACUGGGCGCUGUACCGCGUGGCGCGGGCGUACCCGCAGCUCGUGACGAAGCACGCGUGGGACUGGUACCUCGACAGGGCGUACGGGACGGUGAUCCGGGGGAUGAGGAACGAUGUCGGGUAUAACCGCGUGGGUUUGAUGGGCGAGACGGUGUUUGGAGAGAUCCUGACGGAUUUGAUCCGCGAGGGGCAGACGACCAAGGCGAACACGCUGUCGACGAGCAUGAGGUCGCGGGCCGCGCAGUGGGAUUCCGAGGAGGUGCCGUAUGGUAGUGAGAUGGCUUGGGAUUCGACCGGUCAGGAGGGCGUGUACUACUGGACCAAAUACUUCGGUUACACCAACACCGCCGCGAAGACGGUCAACAGCGUCCUGGGUUACAUGCAGACCGUCCCCCACUGGGGCUGGAACGGCAACGCCCGACGAUACUGGGACAACAUCUACGGUGGCAAACUCCGCCGCAUCGAGCGCCAAAUCCACCACUACGGCUCCGGCCUCAACGCCCUCGUCCUCCUCUCCGCCUUCCGCUCCGCCCCGACCGACACCUACCUCCUGCGCACCGGCUACGCCGGCACCACCGGCCCCCUCUCCAACAUCAACCAGGACGGCUUCGCCGCCGCCUCCUUCCACUCCUGGCCCGACACCCUCAAGUGGGACGGCAUCAGCGGCGACUACGGCCCCGGGUUUCUCGGUCUCGCCCUCGGCUCCGGCACCUACGUCGCGCAGGACGCCGAGCUCGGCCUCGUGGCGUUCGGCGGCACGGCGAGCACGUCCGGGAGCACGGUCACGGUCGUGACGAGGGACGCGGUGCGGAGGAAGGUGUUCAUCGGGCCGUUGGGCGUGCUGGUUAGUGUCGACGCGGGGAUUAUCAGCCAGGUGAGCUACGUGACGGGGUCGAGGACCGUGUCGGUUACGUUGGCGCAGCUGGACGGUGUCCCGAAGGCCGCGAGCGCGGUCGUCUGGGCCGAGGGGGGCGGGAGCUGGAAGGUCACCGGUUCCGGCGUCGCGGCGGCGCGGGGAGGAUGGUCUGUCCCGCUCUCGUCCGCGAACGUGGUCGUCCAGCUUGCUCCCGCUUAA